CACAGAACACACCUUAAUUACCUGGGCAGGGAGACACAGACAGCAAACAGAUCUGCUGGAGAGAGGGGAGAGGAGAGGACGCAGCAGCCUGCAGUACCAUGGACAAGGAGGGCUCUUCCCCAUGGGAUAUGGGGCUGCUCAGGACCUUUGACUCCAGGGAGUUCUGUGGUUGGGAGAAGAUUGGAUCUGGGGGAUUUGGACAGGUUUAUAAAGUCAAACAUAUCUCCUGGAAGACCUGGCUGGCCAUCAAGUGUCCUCCCAGCCUGCAUGUGGAUGAGAAGGAGCGUAUUGAGCUGGUUGAGGAAGCCAAAAAGAUGGAGAUGGCCAAGUUUCGUUGCAUCUUGCCCGUUUAUGGGAUCUGCAGUGAACCCGUUGGUCUGGUCAUGGAGUAUAUGGAGACUGGUUCCUUGGAAAAGCUAUUGGCCUCAGAGCGCUUGCCGUGGGACUUGCGGUUCAGGAUCAUCCAUGAGACUGCAGUGGGAAUGAACUUUCUCCAUUGCAUGAACCCACCAUUGCUCCACCUGGACUUGAAGCCAGCCAAUAUUUUGCUUGAUGGACAUUAUCAUGUCAAGAUCUCAGAUUUUGGCCUUGCCAAGUGGAAUGGCUUAUCCAAUUCUCAUGAGCUGAGUUUAGAUGGUAUCUGUGGGACCAUUGCCUACCUCCCACCGGAGCGUUUCAAGGAGAAAAACAAGAACUUCGACACCAAGCACGAUGUCUACAGUUUUGCAAUUGUGAUUUGGGGAAUCCUUGCACAGCAGAAGCCUUUUGCAGAUGAGAAGAAUAUUCUGCACAUCAUGGUAAAGGUCGGAGGUGGUCUGCGGCCCGACUUGGCGCUCAUUCCAAGGGGGAGACCGCAGCAGUGUGACAACAUGAUCAAACUAAUGCAGAGAUGCUGGAGAGAUAAGCCCAGGGAACGGCCAACAUUUCAAGAGAUUACCUCAGAGACAGAGCUGCUGUGUACAAAGCAUGAGGACGAAACCUGCUCCAUGUCUAGUGCAGAGAACCUGGCAGAAGCCACCCAAGACACAAAAUCUGAGGAUGUGGUCUGCCAAUCAGAACCCAAGAAAAGUCCCACUCCAGUGUUUGAUAAAGACUACAGCCUCUCUGAGCUGCUCUCCCAACUGGAUUCUGGAAUCUCCCAGACCAUGGAAGGACCUGAGAGUCUUUGUCACAGCGAGUCCGAUCCUCAACUGGCAACCAGCGACAAGCGUCUAUCUGGAAUCUCCUCUAUUGACUCUGCCUUUUCCUCCAGAGGCUCUCUCUCCCUGUCCUUCGAUAGAGAGGGUUCUGUAACAGAUCUUAGCACCACCGAGAUCCAGAAGAAGAAGCUGAUUGAUGCAAUUGUAUCUGGAGACAACCCAAAGCUACUGAAGAUUCUUCAGCCUCAGGACGUUGAACUGGUUUUGGAUGGAAGGUCCACCCUCCUUCAUUUGGCCGUUGAAAAUGGACAGGAGGAGUGUGUGAAAUUACUACUUCUGUACAAUGCCAGCCCUAACAUGACCAACUCAAAGGGCUCCACCCCACUCCACAUUGCCGCUGAGAAAAAGUUGAAAAGCAUUGUGGAGCUCCUCCUUUCUAAAAAGAUAAAUCUCAACGCUAAAGAUGAAGAUCUGUUCACUGCUCUACAUUUCUCAGCUCAGAAUGGAGAUGAAUCCAUAACGCGUCUCCUCCUAGACAAGAAUGCUUCGCUCAGUGAGGUUGACGGCAAAGGCCGAACGCCCCUACACGUUGCUUGCCAACAUGGUAAAGAAAGUAUUGUCCGUAUCUUUCUUCGACGAGAUGCCGAUGUUGGCGUAAAAGGACUGGAAAACUGGGCAUCCCUGCAUUACGCCUCUUGGCAGGGCCACCUAAGCAUUGUGAAGUUACUUGCAAAGCAGUACAAGGCCAACCUCAACACUCAGACUUCUGAUGGAAGAACCCCUUUGCAUCUAGCUGCACAGAGAGGUCAUUACCGAGUGGCUCGGAUCCUUGUUGAGCUUGGCUGCAAUGUGAACCUUCCAAACGCACAACUAAAAACCCCCUUGCAUAUCGCAGCCGAGACUGGCCACACCAGCACAGCGAGGCUUCUCAUCCACCAUGGUGCCAACAUUAACGCUACCACUAUCGAAGGCUACACCGCUCUUGAUCUAGCCAGUCAUCAUCGCCAUUAUUCUGCUGUCCAACUUAUCAUGGAUGAAAAAUCAAAUAUUAAAUACGAAGAGGAAUCCAUUGUAUUUGUGGAAAAUGUAUGAGGAGUUAUUUUUAUUUUUUUUAAAAACAUUGGCCUUGUUUGAACCUUGGCAAGAUCCUGAUUUGGAUUGCAAGCGUAAGCAUGCGCUUCUGAUUUGCAUGGAUGUUAAUCUUUUGGGUGCUCCAGUGCAAAACAAACACCGAUGACGUCCAAGCAAGCCUUCAGUGGUCAUCUUUUGACAAACCUUUCCUAUUGGAAGCCAAGUUUUAAAAAUGACAACGUAUAAUUGUGGAUUUUGUUGCAUCUUUAAUUCAACGAGAGAAGGAAACGAACCA